GCGUGCCUUAAGUAGGUGUGGGUGUGGUCUUCUCUAAAAAAGAAAGGAGGGGUUCAGAAUGUCUUCUGGAGAAAUAGACAAAACUUUGCUUGCUUUUUUAAAUGGUCUCUCUCGACGACAGUACUUUGGAGAGGAUCAGUUCUCUGACCAGUUUCUCAGGGAAGAGAUUUUAGGAAAUAUUGAUGUGGAAGAUUAUAUGGGAAUGCUGAAAAGAUUCCAAACUAUUAUCACAACAAUGGCAUCAGGAGAUAUGGACUAUGCCCAGCUUGAUGCUUUUCUUACCUCUCAAAUGAAGAAACGGCAGGCUCCUUUAACUGAAGUUGAAGCAGCUACUGUGAGAAGGUUUUGGAAGAAUCAGAAAAACAAGAUCCAUGAACAAUUGUCAGCACAGGCAGUUUGGGACUCUCAGCUAAAAGCAAUCAAUUGGAGAGUCGAUGUUCAGAGUAAAGCACGUCACAUUGAUCAACUCAACCAGCCAUCAGCCAUUGUAGAAAUGAAAAUUGGCAAAAGUUGCACUGAAGAGGUUUCUGAUAUUGUAAGGUUCGAAGUUGAUGCUCAAAAGCUCUCUGGAAUUUUGUCUCAAGUUGGAGACAUACAAACUGCAAUAGAAGCUAAUAUGCAAGCAUAGUCUACAAGAAAAUAGAAUUAUUUUUAUUUUGUAAUAAAAAUUACAUUUAGACAAACACAUAUUUGUGAUAGGUGUGGCUCAUUGUAUUAAAAAUUCUCUUAAUAAAGUUA